AUGAAUAGCAACAACAAAUCAAUUUAUAAAAAUAUUGAAUUUCAGGAUGAACCCUAUUCAACCAACAAUAAAUUUGCUGUGUAUGUUCCAAAGUAAGAAAUACCCAAAUAAUCUGCACCUCAAUAAAUGUUAUCUAAUUCACAACAAUUACAGUCGCCAUAAAGAUAGAUGAAAGUUGAGUUUCAGGAUGAACAAGAAAAUCGCAACCAUUAAAAUCAGAUGGAGUAAUAACAAUUUGAAUAGGAAUAGUAAUACUCUUAGAGGAAUCAACCCAAAGUGGAAACCCAAAACCAAAGAAAUGUAACUUAAAAUAGAUACAGGCUAUCAAAUCAAACUCCUAAGACUGCUUAAGACAAGCAACAGCACAAAUUUUACAGUUCUACUCCUUCUCAAAGCAUUCAAAAGCAAAGGACACUUCAAUAAUUCAAGGAUAGUUUGUAUUUUGAUGAACGAAUCAAUAAAGUACCAAAAUCAACAAUCAGAAAUCAAAUUAUAGACAGUAUUGUUAGUGAUGCUGAUUUGCUACUUCAAAAGAGAGAGUUGAUGACUUCCAUUUAUAAAUUGAAAUAACUGAAUCUAUUAAAAAACAAGGAAUUUGCAGUGAAUCGUCUCCCAGGAGUUGGAAAAUCGAGCUUCGUAUAUAAUGAUUAUCAUACCAAGAGCACAAACAAUGGAUACUCAAGAAAUUUCGGUGGAGUAUUUUAUACAAGAUGA